GGAGGGAGGGAGCGAAAGAGGGAGGAAACCGGGCAGGUGACACGGUGCUAGGUUGCUCCGGCUCGGCGGGCGCAGGGUCUGCGGCAGCAGCGCGGCAACCAUGCACGUCAAUGGGAAGGUGGCUCUAGUGACCGGCGGGGCUCAGGGCAUCGGCAGGGCUUUUGUCCAGGCGCUGCUGGGCAAGGGCGCGAAGGUAAGCCCCCGGGAAAGCCCCGGCCCUUUGCCUCCCGCCCUCACCUUCAGCAGCGUCCCGUGGGCUUGGGUGACGGCAGCCCGCCGGGUUCGACUCUGCGAGGGAGCCCUCCGUCCGCUCCUCCGUCCGCCCGCCCGCAGCUCAGGCUUUCCCCUCCCUUCCCGCGCUCAGGUGGCUCUGCUAGACCGCAACUCCGAGGCCGGGCAGCAGAGCAAAGCAGCCCUGGACGAGCAGUUUGAAGCGCAGAGGACGGUGUUCAUCCAGUGCGACGUUACGGAUCAGGAGCAGCUGAAAGGUGCUUUCAAAAAAGUAAUUGAACAUUUUGGACGGCUGGAUAUUGUGGUUAAUAAUGCUGGAGUGAACAAUGAGAAGGACUGGGAGAGCACUAUACAAAUUAACUUGACAUCUGUAAUUAGAGGAACCUACCUCGGCCUAGAAUACAUGAGAAAAGGAAAUGGAGGUGAUGGAGGAGUAAUCAUUAAUAUUUCAUCCUUGGCAGGACUCAUGCCUGCUGCAUUCCAACCUGUGUACUGUGCUACAAAGCAUGGUGUAAUUGGAUUCACACGGUCAAUAGCAUUAGCUGCUAGUAUGGAAAACUACGGUGUGAGACUCAACACAAUUUGUCCAGGCUUUGUCAACACACCAAUUCUUCAGUCAAUAGAUAAAGAAGAGAAUAUGGGACAAUAUUAUUCAUAUAAGGAUGAGAUAAAAAGUAUGAUGCAAUUCUACGGCGUGAUGGACCCAUCAAUAAUUGCUCAGGGCCUGAUAACAAUAAUCGAAGAUGAUACUCUAAACGGAGAAGUUAUGAAGAUUACAGCAUCUCAAGGGAUUCAUUUUCAAGAAUAUAACCAAACACCUUUUACAUCAAAGAGAUAAUUAGUUUAUGCUAAUUAUUUUUUGUUUUCAUAUGUGUAAACAGUUUCAACAAGAAUAAUUUGGGGAAUAAAAGGUUAGUCUUGUAUCAAGAGCAGUGACAAUGUUCAAACUUUUGCAUCCUAGUAACAAAGAGAUGGACUAUAAAAUCUAUUCAGAAGAAUAAAUACACUGCUCUGAAGCUUUUUGAUCAUGUAAUAUUAGGGGUCAGUUUUUCCUUCUGGUAGUUCUGAUCUAUGUACCCCAAAUGUAUUUUGUUGGACUUGACUUCAAAUAACUUUUACUGUCAUAAGCGUCUACUUAUUUACAUCUCAGAUUCUUCAGACCAGGAAUUCAGUUCAGGAAUCUAGAACACAAAUAACCUGUAAGGAGUUGAGAAUUUACUUUUUCUUGUGAAAUGUAAAAAUGAAGAAGAGGCAAAAUUCUCUUUCCUCGUUUAUAUAUGCAACUGAAUAUGUUGCUUAUGACACAAGAAAGUACAGAUUUUUAUCUUCUUGGAUUUUAGCUAUUUAUAAAAUAGUUCAGAAAUGUUU